CUAUUUAACAUUCAGCUCUGUUUGAUCCCAGUACGGAUUUUCUAGAAGCUCUCAUCAUGUACCUGCUGGUGUUCAUCUCUCUUCUGCUGAGCUUUGUUCCAGCUCAAAGUCGUUCUGUUCAGAUUUUCUUAAGAAGGAUCCCUGAGACGCCAGUUAACAGCACUGAGAAAGAUGGCGUUCCAGUGUCCGCAAUACUUGAAGCAAAAAAACAUGCAGUUAUUGAGGAGAAUGCUGCUGACUUGCCUGUGGGUGAACUGUUGCAUAGAGCCAACAGAGGCAUCGUUCCUGAACCUGAUGAGCCCAAGCUAAUGGACGACAUUGCUGUGAAUUUAAAAAAUGCUGAUCCCUGCACAUCACGUGGUUGCCGUUGGCCCAAGUACAAAGAUGGCAAUAUUUGGGUACCUUAUGUCAUUGCCAAUCACUACUCACCCAGUGAGCUACAGAUGAUUCAGCGUGGUCUGGCUUCUUUCACGACUAUCUCCUGUAUCCGUUUUUUCCCUCGCACCAAUCAGAGAGAUUACAUCAGCAUUGAGUCUCGCAGUGGAUGCUACUCAUACGUUGGUCGUCAGGGAAAUGCCCAGACUGUGUCUCUGGCUCGUUUUGGCUGUAUUUACCACAGUACUAUCCAGCAUGAGCUGCUCCAUGCUCUUGGCUUCAACCACGAGCAAACUCGCAGUGACCGCGACAGUUACAUCAGAAUCCUCUGGAACAACAUCCAAGAUAACAUGAAGAGCAACUUCAACAAAAUCAACACCCUUAACCAGGGAACUCCCUAUGACUAUCGUUCUGUGAUGCAGUACGAGAGAUAUGCUUUCUCAAAGAAUGGCUAUCCCACUAUGGUCCCAAUUCCAAAUAGCAAUGUUCAGCUGGGCGGAGCUACUCAGAUGAGCAAAAAUGACAUCACCAGACUCAACAGACUCUACAAAUGUUAGAGACUUGAAUAACAUUCAGCACCCUGACAUGCAGCACAGAAAACAUGCAGAAAAGACAUUCAUCAAAAAGCCUCAGUCUCUCUGAUGGUUUUGUCUCCUGUGCUUACUUUAUCAGUUAUGUAAUAAGCAAAACAAUACACCAAUAAAGCUUUAAUUAAUAAGAACAUCAAGCCUCUUUGUCAGUUUAUUCAUCAAAAGUCAUUGUGUUUGUAGCUACAAGUUUCUGCAAAAAAUCUUUUACAGUUGCUUAUAAUAAAACCAGUCCUAAAGAAACUGGUUGAUCCUGAAUUAAGAUCAGAUUUAACCAGCCAGCAUUUGUGGAUGGCAAAGUGAACUGUUUCUACUGAGUUUGCUGUACAUUU